UGUUGUUUCUGCUUUAAAUGAGAAUUCAAUAAAAGAGCGUUCGACAGUAGAAAAGUUGCACUCCAAGUAGAAAGAUGUUUAAGACGUUGGGAAUAUUUUUAUUGCUGCUUAUUGCACAAAUCAACGCCACAUGUGUGAUUGAUGCAGCAUAUGGUCAAUCAACUAAUCGGAUUUUUGCAACAAUCUCUAGGAAUCGACUUGAAAUACUACGCAAAAAUGCAGUACCAAAUGGAACCAAACUGAGAGUCUUGUGCAGUGCAACAAAUUAUGUUGAUAGCACUUGCCGAAAUGGCCAAUUUAGUCCUGCACUGCCAACAACCAAUUGCAGUCCGAAGCCCGAUCCAAAGCACGAGGCUGUGCAAGAUGCUAGCUGUCCUGCCCCUGCAACCAUGUAUCGAAUGGGCUAUAGAUUGGGUCCGAAUCAUUUUCUGGAGAUAUAUAGAAGUUGCUACGAUGUCACAUCCCAAAGGUCGCUAUUUUCCAUACACGAAAUUGACAGCGACACAAAGAAUCCACCUCGCACUGGUUGUUGGCGUGUUACUGAUGUUGUUGUCAUCAUUCCAUCAUUCCAGGCCAAAAACAUUUAUAGGCGAUUCAACGAAAUAUUUAAUAAUCAACAGACUUAUAUCACAAGUCCUGGACGGCCAUAUAAAUUCAAUCGCGGCCAUUUGACGCCCUCGGCUGACUUUGGUUUCUGCGAUCAAAUGAGAGCCACAUUCAGGUACAUCAAUGUGGUGGCUCAAUUCGCCGAUGUGAAUGACAGCAAUUGGUCGAGAGUUGAGAACUGGGUGCGUCGCAUGCGAGAUCUUCAUGGAAAAAUGACUGUUUGCACGGGAGGAAUUGGAGUGCUGGAGCUCGAUGACGUCGCUGGAAAUCCGAGAGAUAUUUAUCUGGUGAGGGGCAAUCGUAAUCCGGUACCCAAAUGGACUUACAAGAUUAUUCGAUCCCAUUCAAAUCGAAAUGUACAUUACGCUGUUAUCACCUAUAAUCAUGCCGAGAAUCCAGUUCAACCCGCUUCCUUAUGCACACCGUUGUCAUGUGUUAGUCUGGGCUUGCAAGUGAGUCCAGCCCCGAAUUCUGGAUAUACAUACUGCUGCGAUGCUAAUGAUUUUAUUAUCAGAAAUGUCCAAAAUUUGCAGAAUGUUUGUUAAAGAAUUUUCCUGAAACGUAACUUGAAAUUAAUAGAAUAUAGUUGAUGUUAAAGUAUA